CUUCUUAAAGCUUAAGAAAAAUGGGAACAGCUACUUUCAUAGAUAUUCUUCUCGCUAUCCUCUUGCCUCCUCUUGGUGUCUUUCUUAGAUAUGGUUGCGAGGUUGAAUUUUGGAUAUGUUUGGUUUUGACGCUUUUUGGGUAUCUUCCUGGGAUCCUCUACGCUCUUUAUGUCCUCACCAAAUAAAUUACCAUCUAUCAUCUCUUCUUUUCAUUUCAUCUCCUUGAACAGCUGUUUCGUCGUGUUUUCACAUCUUUGUGUGACUAGGAUUCAUCGUUUCUUCAGUCAGGGUUUUAUCAUUGUUGUGUGUUGCAUAGUUUUUGUUGAUAUAUAUAAAGAAGAGAUCCUUUGUUUUGUGUGAAGAACUUGUUUAUUCAAGUUUUUCAAAUAUAUAAAUAGUUUUUUCUAUCGUUUUUUUGUAA